GGUUGUGUUAUGCAGUGUUAUGCGGUCACAUGUGUCUCCUGGCAGGUGUGCGAUGUGAUUGGUCGAUCUCUGGUGGUGGAUUCUGGGGAGGAUGAUUUGGGGCGUGGGAAUCACCCGCUGUCCAGAAUAACAGGAAACUCUGGAGAGAGGCUGGCCUGUGCAAUCAUCGCCCGCUCCGCCGGCUUGCUUCAAAACCCCAAGCAGAUCUGUGCCUGUGAUGGUGUGCCUCUGUGGGAGGAGAGAGAUCGGCCCAUCGCUGGGAAAAGACGUAAAGUCACAGACGCACCGACUGCUAAUCUGGAUGAGACCUUCCCACGCGUCAGGGACCGCAGAUGGACAUGAAUGAAGGAUAAGAGACCAAAAACGUGCCUGUCGUGAAUGUACUGAACGAGAUUCUGAGCCACGUUUUGAUGUAUCCACAGAAAUCAAACCAUGUGCAAAUAUGUACAUGGAUGGUGUGAAAUUUAUCUCCAAUUAUCACAGUGAUUCUGUCAUACUUUAGAUGUCUGAUUUUACAUACUGCUGCUUUAAGUUCAAAAUCAAAAUUUAAAUUUAGGGGGGAAAAACCUAAAAGUUAUUAUUAUACCAUGACUGAUUAAAGCAAUAAACCCCGUGAAGCCGUGGUUUACAGUGAAUUUAUAACAGCUGAGGUGUGUUGUUACGACACGAA